GUGCCUCACGUUAUCUUGCCCAGUCAAUGCUUCCCGUAGCCCCGGUGUGCGCUGUCUCUCCCGCGCGCGGGAACCGGAGCAGGACGAAAGGUUUUACCUGAAGCAACAAGAAAAGUCUCUGCGAUCCAACAAACAGGACGGUUUCCACCGAGACAAGAACUACCCUAUGAAAACUGGGGAAAAGAGAUGAAUGACAGUGAUCUGGUGAACGAGACGGUAGAGCUUUCUCCGCUGCUUCCUUGGGCGGAUGACAACGGCACCCUUCUGGAGUUGUCAACCGCCUCUGAGUUUCCCGUGAACCCGUGGGACAUCAUGCUGUGCCUCUCCGGCACCGUGAUCGCGUGCGAGAACGCACUCGUGGUGGCCAUCAUCUUCUACACUCCCACGCUGCGUGCGCCUAUGUUCGUGCUCAUCGGCAGCCUCGCAACUGCCGACCUGCUCGCGGGUGUGGGAUUAAUCCUCAACUUUGCGUUCCAGUACCUUACCUCAUCCGACACCGUGAGCCUCAUCACCGUCGGCUUCCUUGUGGCCUCGUUCACCGCGUCGGUCAGCAGCCUUCUCGCCAUUACGGUGGACCGUUAUUUUUCUCUCUACAACGCGCUCACUUACUUCUCCGAGAAGACUUUACACUGUGUGCAUCUGAUGGUGGCAUGCACGUGGGGCGUGUCUUUGUGCCUUGGACUGCUACCGGUGCUCGGUUGGAACUGUCUAGAGGAGCCUAGCACGUGCAGCAUCGUGCGCCCGCUCACUCGUCAGCACGUAACGCUGCUGGCCGCCUCGUUCUUCGUGGUGUUCGGGCUCAUGCUCAGCCUCUACUUCAAAAUCUGCAAGAUUGUGUGUCGCCACGCGCACCAGAUCGCUCUGCAGCAGCACUUUUUCAGCACCUCGCACCUCGUGGCCACCAAGAAAGGCGUCUCCACCCUGGCCAUCAUCUUGGGUACGUUUGGCGCGAGCUGGCUGCCCUUCGCCGUCUACUGCCUUGUGGGGAAGCCGGAGUACCCUUCCGUGUACACCUACGCCACCCUUCUUCCCGCCACCUACAACUCUAUGAUCAACCCCAUCAUAUAUGCCUACCGGAACACAGACAUCCAGCGUGCGCUCUCAGUACUUUUCUGCGGUUGUUUUCAAACGAACGCCUCUUGUCGUUCCCGGUCUCCCAGUGAGGUGUGACUUAGCCAUGUAUGUUUGACUGUCCCACGAGCUCUUUUACAGCAAAAAGUUUACUCUACGGUCCACUUUCUGCUAACUGUUGCCGAUUCAUGUAAACAUGUGACUCGCGUGCUAAAUGUCCGUUACACAUCUGCACUUUACCAUAAAAGAUAGGAGUCACCAGAACAAAUUAUCGUGUCCGAAUGAGAAAGAGACGAAGUGUGUAUAUGAUUGUGUGUAUGUAUGCGCACGCCAAACAAUGUACAUGUGUCAAAAAUGAAUGAAGAGAAGUUUGCACUUUACUGUGAUAUUUAAAAAAAAUGCCAAAGCAGUAUUGCAUAGGCCUUUGUGUUUGGUUGAAAAUACUUUGUACUUUGUCCAUUGUGUAUGGUUUUAUAUUUUGUAAAACUUGUCUAUGAUUGUAUAUUUUAUA